AUGUCUUCUUCUUCUGCCGGAGAAGUCACAGCAGCAAAUGACAUCAAGAGGGAAAAUGUGAAGGAGCUGGAUGAGCGCGAGUGCAUCAAGUUUGUGGCGCUGGACGCGGCGGAGUUGUCCAUGGAGCGCGCGACUCCCAGCGCGGACGCGGUGCGCACGGAGCUGUUGGUGAGCGCCGCUUCCUCUCUGGCUUUCUCCCCGGAGCAAGUGGCGUGCGUCUGCGAGGCUUUGCAGCAGGGAGGCAAUGUGGACCGGCUGGCCAGGUUCCUGUGGUCCCUGCCACAGAGUGACCUGCUGCGCGGCAACGAAAGCAUCCUGAAAGCCCAAGCCCUGGUCGCUUUCCACCAGGCGCGGUACCAGGAGCUGUACAGUAUACUGGAGAACCACAGCUUCAGUCCGUCCAACCACACCUUUCUGCAGGAUCUGUGGUACAAGGCCCGAUACACUGAGGCGGAGAAGGCGCGGGGGAGACCACUGGGCGCCGUGGACAAAUACCGGAUCCGGAGAAAAUACCCUCUCCCCAGGACUAUCUGGGACGGCGAGGAGACUGUGUAUUGUUUCAAGGAGAGGUCUCGGAACGCGCUGAAGGAUCUGUAUAAUCAGAAUAGGUACCCAUCUCCUGCCGAGAAAAGAAACCUCGCCAAGAUUACAGGACUCUCCUUGACCCAGGUCAGCAACUGGUUCAAAAACAGGAGACAGAGAGACAGAAACCCUUCCGAGGCACAAUCAAAAAGUGAAUCAGAUGGAAACCACAGCACAGAGGAUGAGUCUAGUAAAGGCCAGGAGGAGCUGUCACCCCGGCCCCUCUCGAACUCCUCAGAUGGGUUGAUGCCCCAUGGGAUUCAAAGUGGGCCUCUGGACAGUGGGGUGGUCAUCCAACAGAUUGGGGACAUCAAGAUGCCCCCUGGAUCCAACAGCGGCGGCCUCUACAACGGAAGUCUAGUGACAAGCAACACCUCCUCCACCAUGUUUCACAAUGGUGGCUCGUCUUACCUCCACACGCCUGGGAACAUCCUGUUCAACGGGCUCAAUUUGGGCAUCCAGCCCUUGGCCUUCAACCCCCUGAGGUCGUCUGGAGGGGUUUUGCUGGGGGGCACUGGGGUGGACAUGCAGAUGCAGGAGAAGGGACUGGGUAGUUCUCCUGAGGACUCCGGCCUCCAGUACACCUCCUACUCCGGCUGUGUGAAUGGAGCGGAGGUGAAGCUGGAGGGGACUCACUCCAUGGCUGCCCAGAACGGAGGCUCCUCCGUGCUGGCGUUCAGCUCGCCGUCAGGCGCGCUGCAGCUGGGUGGCUACAGUCUGGUCCACGUCCCCAGUGGAGUGUCGGACAGCGACAGCGGCUCGUUACUCAACAGCGAUGUCGGUCUGCCGACCUUGCAGCUCUCUGCGUCAUCUGCCUCGACCAUCUCACAACAAGGUCCUUUACCUCUGGACAACGUCGCCGUGAGUUCCUCCAGCGACGACUCCUUCCAGCAGCAGGACAAGCUGACCAUGACGUCUCUGCACCACAGCACCGUCCUCUACAGCUUGAGCAACGCCGGCCAGCCGUCCAUCAAGAAGGAGCCGCUGGAGGGAGGCGUCUACUCCUCCUAUCACCACGGCCUUCACUUGGACCCCAAUGGUCAGCUCAGCUACACCACUCCUAACUCUGAAGAGGCUCCGUCCAGCCGAGGUCCAACCUCGACCACGGAGGUCUCCGCUGUCGCCGUGUCUAGCCCCGAGCCGGAGGUCUACACCACCCUCACCAUCAGCACGCCGCUGAUGGCCCAAACGGACGCAAGAAGCCACCACCUCCAGCCCACGGCGUACCUUGGGGGCCACGAGGUCCGAGGGCCCUUGCACCUGAUGGGCCCCGGCAUGAACAGCAACUUCAUGAACCUUUCAGACAACAAAGUGGACGGCUCCGGCUCAGGCAGCAUGAAUGAGAUGGUGCGGGCGAUGUGUGGGGAGAUGGAGGCUGUGGAAGGCAAGGAGCUAGCCAAACUACAGACAGUGCAAAUGGACGAGGACAUGGCUGACCUGUGACCUCAAACCAGUCUCAGAAGAACUUGUGUCCUCCCCAGCAGUGACAUGGUGAAUCUUUUUACCCUCGUGUGAGCGUGUGUUGUUGGUUGUUUUUUUUAUUAUUAUUUUUUUCAUUUCCUUUAAAUGUUAAAUUAUUUGUGUUUAUUUGACUCUUACAAUGCACUCUAGUCAGAGGGGAAGCCCCAUGGGCGGGCAUUAUCAAUUCAUCAUGAAAUUGAAAAAAAAAACAUGUUUUUAAAGCUUUGCUAUCCAGAAGAAACACUUCGCAGACCGAAGAAGUCGCUGUGAGUGACUGGGCCACGUUUUAAUGUGCAUUUUUAUAGACAACACCUGCUACUUCCUGUUGAGUGGAUUUGAUCCGCAGGAACAGGUGCUGGAAUGUCUCGGGUCAUGUGACCAGGAUGUUCCUCCAAACCAAAUGCGUCAUCUGGCUCGAACCAAAAAGGUCAUUCUGUUGGGGGGGAGGGGAGGGGAGGGAGGGAGAGAGAGAGAGCCUUGGUGAAAAUGAUCAGUUAGAUGUAGAGAGACUUUACUGAAGGACAACACACACAGAUAAAUAAAUUAAAGGUUGAAAAGCUGCUGAUUUAGGGGGAAGUGUCCUUCAGUAAAUCCUUUAAAUUGCCUCUCAAUUGACCGAUUUCGUGAACGGGGGGGAGCGUUGUUGAGUGUGGGGACUCGAGUGAAGACGAAUGUGCCUUUUCCGCUACUUAAACUACACAAUGGCAUUGGUCUGUUCUGGCAUUUGCACUACUGUGACGACAAUGCAACGUUUCCCAACGGCCUUCACGUUGAAGGGUUUGUCGAUGACGCGGGAGCGACAGCAAAUGCACGUCGUUCAAGCAUCGCCCCAAACCGGUUUCGCCGGGUUCACGCGUCGCCCGCCGUUUAUAGUGACGCAGCUCGUCGUACGUCAUAUCUAUAAAUGUGACGAUCCUAUAGCAUAUCGUGUUUCAAUAUCGACGCGUCUGUCGGAAACGACGUAUUUUUCUACGGAGCCCGAUGCAAAUAUCUACAGGUGUGUGCUUUGAAAAGGUACAGCGAACAAAGGUACAGCAUUAAGAAGAGGACAAACAUGUGGUUGCUGUUUUUUUUAUCGUCCUACUUUUAAACCAGAGGGGGAUUGUGAUAAUUCCUCUUUGCAUGGCGUCAUCACAUUUGGGACAUUAGUGCCUUUGACUUUUAUUUUGUAAAUAAUACUGAACGUGUAAGCUCAAGCUGUAGGUCACAGGUGGGGCGUCAGAGGAUGAGGGAAGACCAGAGAGAACGCAAGAGCCCGUUUGUCAAGUGUGUCCAGUGCUUUUCACAACAGGAUCCCGGGAUUCCUCGCGGUCAUACAUGACCGUCAUAGCACAUUUCAACAUUGCAGUCAAAGUCACAAGAUGCACAUCACAUGUUCUGACACCUUUGAGGACUGGGUUUCCUCAGUGCUUUAAUGUAAUAUACCAAAAAUGGAAGUCAUGGGCAAAUAGUGGGGUCAUUUUGUUUCUUUUGUUCUGUUUGUUUUUUGUUUUUUUUUAUCUUAGUUUGAAUAUGUUUGUUAUCUGGAUUUAUGUGAAUGUAUUUUUCUAAAUCUCCAUACUACAAUAAAAGUUUAUAUUUAUAAAAAC